UGCACAUAUACUCUGAUGUAAAUAAGAAAUAUGAUUAAAGCUCUUUUUAAAGCUUUUGAGGUCCGAUGGAAAUCCUACAGGCACAGAUUUGUCCCCUGGAUAGCUUUAAAUCUGCAGAAAAACGAGAGAACUCUUCGUCACGUGAAGGAUCGAUCCCAAGACAAGUUAAUUCAGGAUGAGGAGGUGUCCGAAUCUCUCGUGUGUUUAUUCACUGAACUACUGAAAAAUGAUCUGAAGAAUCAACGUGAAGCACUCCGCUUACUCCCUACAUCUAAACAAAACAUUUACACUAAUGUAGAGAGUGGAACGCAUGAUGCUCCCUGUACAGUGAUGUUGAAUACUCUGGGCUUCGUGACCGAGCGGAAGUGCAGCUCACUGCAGCUCGCGGGAACAGGAGUGUUUGUCACGCGCGGGCGCGUGCAGAAAGGAAGUAUCGUGGCGAUGUAUCCAGGAACCAUCUAUCAGGCAGAUGAGCCGAUCUUUUUUCAGUCAAUCAGAAAUCCAUUUGUAUUCAGAUGCAUAGAUGGCAUUUUGAUUGAUGGCAAUGACAAAGCCAUAUCCAAGAUAGUGUACCGGUCGUGUAGUGGACGGGACAGGUUGGGUCCCUUCAGUUUGAGUGACAGCUCCUGGUUAACGCCUCAUCCUGUGAACCCUCUCGCUGUGGGACAGUACGUCAACAACUGCUCUAAUGAGAAAGCUGCGAAUGUCUGCUAUCAGGAAUUCGACGUGCCGGAUGGAUUUCCUCUUGAGCUCCGUCAGUUCCUGCCGAAUGUUAAAUACAGAGCUGAUACUCAAAGGCAAGACCAAACAUUUCAUGACCUUGUGUUAUUAGGACAUUCUGACAUUUCCUGAAAAUUUCAUCUUGCUUUUUAUUUCAGACCUUUGCGCUGUGUUGUUCUUGUGUCACUAAGAGAUAUUAAUCGCGGUGAAGAACUGUUCUCCAACUACUACACAAUUGUGCAUUAAAUUG